AUGACGCCGGCAGGCUUUGAGUUCCCCGAGCACUACCACUUCCCGCCCUUCUUCACGCACGCCGCCGACGGACGAGGCGAUAGCUCAUGGGCGACCCUCAUCCUCUGGAAGUCGCUCGUCGUCGAGUACCACCGCGCGCUGCAGCAGCCCAUCUUCACGCCCAACACGACGCCGAUCUUUGAAAACACACACAUCGACCGCAAGCUCUCGAUGGAAGCACGCCACGCCGUCGUGAGCUACAUUGUGCGCUGCGGCAACGGCGAGUGGGAGGACGACACACACACGCGCUGCCGCAUCUUUUGGAAGUCGCCCGCCGAGUGGGCCGCCGAGAUCUAUGCCUUUGCCCAGGACAAUGGCAUGCUCAACAACGUCUACACGCUGUACGAGCUGCACGCGGGCGACGAGACGCAAGGCGCCAGCUUUUACGGCAUUGAAGUGUGGCUCCUCCGGAAAGCGCUUGAAGUCCUCGAGCACGAAGCCAAGGCGGCCAUCAUUCAUGGCGACACGCCCGAGAACGACGGUGUCAAGUUCCUCGCGACAGCCUAG